UUGCGCGCAGGCGCAUUGCCAUUCCUGUCAAACAUGGCUGUGCUUUUGAAGAAAGAAAAAUGCUGAAUUGUAUUGGUAUAUUUCGGGAAAAACAGCAAACAUGGCUAGAUUCGCUGAUUAUUUUAUUGUCGUGGGAUAUGAUCAGGAUAAAUCUGGUUCCGAAGAGGGAUGUGGAAAGAUUAUUCAGCGCUUCCCUAAGAAGGACUGGGAGGGUACAGCGUUUCCUCAGGGUGUGGAGAUGUUCUGCCAGCCAGGAGGUUGGAGGCUAUCCAGGGAGAGGAGAGCACCCACGUUCUUCACAGUUGUGCUGACUGAUAUCGAAUCUGACCGGCACUACUGCUCCUGUCUCACUUUCUUUGAGGCUGAAGUAAAUCUACAGGGGUCCAAGGCAAUCGAUGGGGAUGGGGAUGAAGACGAAGAGGAAGAUGGCAUGGUUCAGCCGGCUCAAGUAUUUGCACCAAAAAGUCUCAUCCUUGUCUCCAGGCUGGAUUUUCCAGAAAUAUUCCGGGGCUGUCUGGGUCUGAUCUACACGGUGUACAUCGACAGCCUGAGUUUCCCCUUGGAGGGUCUGGUGGCCAACCUGUUUAUCUUCCAGGUUCCAGUGGCUGGUGGAUCCCAGAAGCUGUUUUCCCUGGGAGCUGGGGAUCGGCAGCUCAUCCAGACCCCUCUGAAUGACAGCCUGCCUGUUACCAGCAAGAGUGUGGCCCUGCUCUUCCAGCAGCUAGGGAUCCAGAACGUCCUGAGCCUGUUUUGUGCGGUCCUGACGGAACACAAGGUGCUGUUCCACUCCACCAGCUACCAGCGGCUGGGGGAGGCCAGCCGGGCGCUGGAGGCCCUCAUGUUCCCUCUCAAAUACAGUUACCCCUACAUUCCCAUCUUACCUUCACGGCUACUGGAGGUGUUGAGCUCCCCUACCCCCUUUAUUAUUGGAGUGCACUCCAUGUUCCAGACAGAGAUUCAGGACCUGUUGGAUGUCAUCAUUGCUGACUUGGACGGAGGGACAAUCAAGAUUCCCGAGUGUAUUCAUCUGUCGCUUCUCCCCGAACCCUUGUUAACUCAAACACAGACCGCCCUGUCCUUGGUAUUGCACCCAGAUCUGGAGAUAGCAGACAAUGCAUUCCCCCCACCCCGCACUGCUCUGUCCAACCUCAAACUAUUGGAUAAGGAGGUGAGAGCUGUCUUCCUCAGGCUCUUUGCGCAACUCUUCCAGGGUUAUAGAUCAUGCCUGCAGCUCAUCCGGAUCCACUCUGAACCUGUCAUUCACUUUCACAAGACUGCCUUCCUGGGUCAGCGAGGCCUGAUCGAGAAUGACUUCCUGACCAAGGUCUUGGAUGGUAUGGCCUUCGCUGGCUUCGUCUCAGAGAGGGGUCCACCUUACCGGGCGUGUGAUCUCUUUGAUGAGCUGGUGGCCUUUGACGUAGAUCGCAUCAGGGAAGAGGAUGCGGACCCAGUGAAGCUGCAGAAGCACAUGCGGGAUCUCUCGGAGCAGUUGUACAAAAAUGAGAACCCCAACCCCCACAUGGCGUUCCAGAAAGUCCCGCGGCCCUCGGAGGGCUCCCACUUGCGGGUGCACCAGGUGCCCUUCCCCCCUCUGCAGGACGACAAGGUGGAGGGACUGCUGCUGGAGGCCGCCGCCAAGCACGCCGCCACCCCGGCCGUGCCUCGCCCCGAGAAGAAGUGUGUGGUGCCGGCCGGACCCCCCGUGGUCUCCAUCAUGGGCAAGAGCUGCUCGGUGUUCAACAGCGCUCGCAGGCUGGAGGUGGUGAGGAGCUGCAUCUCCUUCGUCUUCGACAACAACAACCUGGAGACGGAGAAGAGCCUGCCAGCUGCGCUGAGGGCCCUGAAAGGCAAGGCAGCGCGCCAGUGUCUGACCGAGGAGCUCUGUCUCCACGUGCGGCAGAACCGGGCCAUUCUGGAUCACCAGCAGUUUGACUACAUCAUCCGCAUGAUGAACUGUGCUCUCCAGGACUGUUCCAGCUCAGAGGAGUUCACCGUGGCGGCCGCCCUUCUUCCCCUCAGCACCGAAUUCCACCGGAAACUAGCCGGGGUGAAGCAGUACGCCUACACAUGUGUCCAGGAUCAUCCCAUCUGGACAAACCAGCAGUUCUGGGAGGCUACCUUCUACAGCGAGGUCCAGAACAAGAUCCGUUCCCUGUAUCUCAGCAGUGCGGAGGAGAAAGUAGGCAUCACUGCCAGACUGAAGGACGCGGCUCCCCUGGCACCAGAAGCCCAGGCAGCGGCAGGGUUAGGCCGGGCCGAGGAGCACACAGCCAUGGACCUGGCCGCGGAGCAGCUGCGCGCCUGGCCCUGCCUCAGCAAGCAGAAGCAGCAGGAGCUGGUGAAGAACGAGGAGAGCACCGUGUUCGGCUGGGCCAUCCACUACGCCAGCCUCAUGGUCUACCUGCUGGUGCCUCUGGACACCAGCAAGAACAAGCUGCUGCGCAACCACCCCGCCACCGACUGGGAGAGCGGCAGCAACAGCAUAGUGACCAACAGCAUGGCGGGCAGCGUGGCGGAGAGCUUCGACACGGAGAGCGGCUACGAGGACUCUGAGAGCAGCGACGCGGCCAACUCUGUGGUGCGCUUCAUCGUCCGCUUCAUCGACAAGGUGUGCACGGAGAGCGGCGUGACCCAGGAGCACAUCAAGAGUCUGCACAACAUGAUCCCAGGCCUGGUAGCGAUGCAGAUCGAGGUUCUGGAGACGGUGCACAGAGAGAGCCGGAGGCUGCCUCCCAUUCCAAAGCCUAAGAUCCUGCGGCCCACGCUGCUCCCCGGGGAGGAGCUGGUGUCGGAGGGGCUGCGGGUGGUCCUCGACCCCGACGGCAGGGAGGAGGCCACGGGGGGCCUCCUGGGAGGUCCGCACAUUCUGCCAGCAGAGGGCGCCCUCUUUCUCACCAACUACCGCGUCAUCUUCAAAGGAACGCCGCACGACCCUCUAGUGGGGGAGCAGCCGGUCAUCAGAGCCUUCCCAGUUUCCACCCUGGUCAAGGAGAAGAAGAUCAGCCUCCAGAACCAGCUGCAGCAGAACAUGCAGGAAGGCAUGCAGCUCCGCUCCGCCUCCUUCCAGCUGAUCAAAGUGGCCUUUGACGAGGAGGUGACCUCAGAGAUGGUGGAGAUCUUCAGGAAGCACGUGCAGAGGAUCCGCUACCCACAGUCCAUCUUCAGCAGCUUCGCCUUCGCCGCGGGACAGGCGGCCCUGCAACUCAGCCAUCCCAAGCAGAAGGAGAAAAACACAGGCUUCAGGACACUGUCCAAGUCCAUUGUGAAGGGAGCCCGGAAGGCGGGGAAGAUCACCAUGGGCAGAGGCGGCCAGACCACCCUGAAGAAGAGCGAGCGGGGCAGUAGGAUGACGUGGAACGAUGACGACGACAUUUCAAUAUCGGAUGACGGGGAGCCCCCCCCCAGCAGCACUCUGCGGGCCUCAGAGAAGUCCACCAUGGAGCAGCUGGUGGAGCGGGCGUGUUUCCGUGACUACCAGAGGCUGGGCCUGGGGACCAUCACCCUCAGCGCGUCCCGCACCAAAACGGGCGAGCAGUUCCGGAUAACUGCGGCCAACCGACUCUACUCCCUCUGUCGCAGCUACCCGGGGCUGCUGGUGGUUCCCCAGGCCGUGCAGGACAGCAGCCUGCACAAGGUGGCCCGCUGCUACAGACACAACCGGCUGCCCGUGGUGUGCUGGAAGCACCCCCGCUCCAAGGCCCUGCUGCUGCGCUCCGGGGGCUUCCACGGCAAGAGUGUGGUGGGGCUCUUCAAGUCCCAGAAUCCCUCCACUACAACCACUACUUCAUCCUCCGAGUCUUCCAGUAGUCUAGAACAGGAGAAGUACCUGCAGGCCAUCCUUGACUCCGUUCCAGUCCACUUCAAGAUGAACGGCAACAACACGCUAUCCAACCGCUCCCAGAUCGGACUGUCACCAGGUAGUGAAAGGCGGACGUCCAGGAUACCAAAGAUGGCCCCUGUCCAUUUAGAUAUCCCCUUCUCAAACAGCUUCACCAGGGGGGUGCUUGGGUACAGGGAUAAACUAUUCAAUCACUCAAACCCAAAGUCUGCCAGUAAGGGAACAGCCCAAAAUCAAGGUGUGUGGGCCAGCCUUCGCUCUAGCAGUCGUCCCAGCCAGCUCCAAUCGCCGGGUGAGCAGGGUGCCAGGAUAGCCGGGAAGGAUCUGGCGCCCCCUGCAGGGAGCAGCGGCCUUCAGGCUCAGCUCCUCAAGCAACAGGCGGCAUUCUACAUCUUCGGAGAGAAGUCUCAUCUACGGGGCCUGAAGAUGGACUCGUCGCUGAACUGUGAGCUGGUGCCGGUGGACUUUGCGGACACACGACAGGUGAAGGCGGCGUUCAAGAAGCUGCUUAGGGCGUGCGUUCCCAGCGCCACCUCCUCGGACGCGGAGGACUCCUUCCUCAGAGCCCUGGAGGAGUCUGAGUGGAUCUCACAGCUACACAAGAUCCUAGAGUUGGCCCUGCUGCUGGUGGAUCUGCUGGACACCGGCUCCUCGGUUCUUCUCAGCCUGGAGGACGGCUGGGACAUCACCACACAGGUGGUGUCUCUGGUGCAGCUGCUCAGCGAUCCCUUCUACAGGACUCUGGAGGGCUUCCAGGUGCUGCUGGAGAAAGAGUGGCUCUCCUUCGGCCACAAAUUCAGCCAGCGCAGCAACCUGAGCCCCGGCAGCCAGGGCAGCGGCUUCACGCCCAUCUUCCUGCAGUUCCUGGACUGUGUCCACCAGCUUUUGGACCAGCAUCCUCUGGAGUUUGAGUUCAAUCAGCAGUAUGUGAAGUUCCUGGCGUACCAUCACAUCUCCAACCGGUUCAAGAACUUCCUGCUGGACUCUGACUACGAGCGCCUAGAGCACGGCACGUUGUUCGAGGACAAGGGGGAUAAGCAGGCCAGGAGGGGCGUGUGCAUCUGGGAGUGGAUCAACCGAAUGCACAGGAAGAGCCCCGUCUUCUUCAAUUAUAUGUACCGGCCCAGUGAGACUGAGCCCACCCUGAAGCCGGUCAUCAUCAACAUCCCCAGCCUGGCCAAGUGGGACUUCUUCACGGACGAGACGCUGUCCACCGGGCCGGCCUACGACUGCAGGAUGAUGGCGUCGCGGGGGGACGGGGCCGACGAGGCGGACACCAUCUCCACCAGCAGGAGGCGCAUCGUGUGGCCCUGCUACAGCAGCGUGAGCCGCGCCCAGCCCGACGCCAUCACCCAGCUGCUGGCGGACAUAGAGAGGCUAGAGGGCGAGCUGCACCAGUCCCCAGAGAGGUGGCACACUACGUUGGAGCAGGUCCGAGCCAGCGUCCAGGAAGACCUCAAGCAAGAAGGAAACCUCCGGAAGCAGUCCCUGUCCCUCUCGGGGCUGAUCCCCACCUCCGGCCUGCAGGCGUUCCAGCGGCGCUCCAUGAUGCACCUCCCGGACAGCGGGCUGGGGGAGGACCGCAGCGCCGUCACCCCCAACGGGGUCAACCGCCGCGCGGCCACGCUCUACCACCAGUUCACCCCCAAGAACGACGAGAACAGGUCCUACGAGGGGAUCCUGUACAAGCGCGGAGCCCUCCUCAAGGGAUGGAAACCGCGCUGGUUCGUGUUGGACGUCACAAAGCAUCAAUUGCGAUACUACGACACCGGGGAGGACACUAACUGCAGAGGACACAUCGAACUGGCCGAGGUGGAGUCGGUGGUGAUCGCCGCCCCCACCAUCGGAGCUCCCAAACAUAUCAGCGAAAAGGCCUUCUUUGACCUGAAGACCAGCAAGAGAGUUUACAACUUCUGCGCCUCGGACGCUCCCACCGCUCUGGUCUGGAUGGACAAAAUCCAGAGCUGCAUCUCCGACGCCUGACGGGUGCACACACCCAGAACCACGUGGCCUGAUGGGUGCACGCACCCAGAACCUCGUGGCCUGACGGCUUCGUCACGGCAGGGUCCUCGCCGACAAAAGGUCUCCCGCGCCCCCCAAAGGUGCUCUCCAGCUUUUUUAAUUUUUUUUAUCUCGCAAAAGAGACACAGCUUCGGCUUAUCUUAGCUUAGCUGUCAACCACGGGGACCACAAGUGAACCAAGUGCCUGGUGUGGGGAGGACGUGGGUGUAACUGCCCCCCCCCCCCAAUCCGCCUGUUUCAAGGCAGCCUGCCGGGGCUGUCAUCGCUAUAUUUAUCUGCUUGAGUGUUGGAGUUGGCCAACGCCACCGCCCCCCCCCCCCCCUCCCCAUUGGUCUCUGCUUGCUGUCAACCCCCCCCCCCCCCCCACCGGGCCCGUAACCAAAUAGACUACGCAGACUACGUGAGGAGAAGCGAGGUAUGAUAAGCUAAUGUGUUUGAGGGUUUACACUACCAAAAUAAAGGUUGCCCUGUGCAACGUGGCUAAUAGAUGGAAAGCAAUACAAUAUCACUGGCCGUCACAAACUGUGGUUAGGUCUAUGGAUUUAAGACUAUUAGAUUAAAGGAAGAGAAUUGUAGAUUGAAAGCCUACGAGAGAAUUUAUAUCAGAUAUUUUAGUAUGAGGAAAGAACAGUUAUUGCUGCUUGAGUCAAAGUAUGAUCCACCAAAACUCAGAGAUUUUCAUGCACAACGAGGCAAUCUAAUUGCACUCAGCUCUAAAAUAUGCACUCCUUAUCCGUUUUGAACAGACGCAGACAGAAAGACAAAAGAUUACUUUAUAUUGUACAGACGACAUUUACUCUUCCAAGAGCUCAAAGGAGAAAGAAUUUGCACAGUAAAGUUCAAACAGUUACCUGAAUUUUUCUUAUUUAAAUAAGUGUUUUCUCCCUUUGGGUUAAACGUUGUUAAUGUUUUCUGACACAUGGAUAACACAUUUGUUCCUUGAAAUGUAAAUUAUUCUUUUUUUUUUAUUAAAAAAUGUAACUCCUUUUCAAGUGUUGUGGAUUAGUCUUUAAUGUAAAUAAUCAUUUGACAUUUCAUUUUUACCAGUGCGUCGAUGUGUAUCCUUUUCUUAAUCUUAAUCCAUGCCGUGACCAGUCCGCAGUCAAACUUUUAUAACGUGUUAUUUGUACAAAUACCUGAGUAGCCUGUUUCUUUGUGUUAUAAAAAAAAUGAAGGAGAUACAACUGUAUUUCUCCAUUCGUCAGACUUUCUCUGUGUCUUUUAAGGGCUUUUUAAACGGGGGGGUGAACUGAUUGGUGAGGCUGUGGCGUAUUUUUUUAUCAGUUUUUUGUCUGUGCAUCAAUACUGUUUCUUAAAAAAAAAAAGCAAAAAAUGAACUACCAAGUCAUAUGAGUAGCCUUUGUGUAUUACUGUGUCUUUGUACCUUUUGUGUUGUGUUGUGUCACUAACUUCUCUUGGAAAUAAACUACUUGAAAGUACUUGAAACAACA